AUGGCAACAAAAAUUAACACAUACCCCGUAAUUCAAAUAACUCAAGAUCCUGUCCCUUAUGACGAUGAUAAUACUGUGAAAUUAAACCUACAAGAUUCAUCACACUCAAAAAUCAUUUAUGACAUUUAUUUCCGUAGUAUUAGAUUCAAUUUAAACCUCCACAUGACAGCCAUAGCCACUAACUUUACAUCCAUGUUACUUUUCAAAUCAUCCGGACUUGAAGCUUUUAUAGAAUUCCUUCAGGAAAUUCCUGGAAGUGUACAAAGGGCAGUUUUUGAGAUCAAACAAAAUGGUGCUCUCAAGAGUAUUCCCAGUUCCCGUAAUGCAAUUCUUCAAUUAUCGUAUGCAAAUUAUCACAGUCCUCAUAUUUUAGGAUUUCUUCAACAGAAUUCAUGGAUAGAUGAAAUGAGAAUGGAUGAUUAUGAAUUUAAUCAAGAGGUUGCUAAAUCAUUGGAAAAGGAAUUUGGAAUGAAGAUUGAUAUUGAUAAUAUUAAGCUUCUGGUUUUUUCCUUGGCUCUUUAUCUUUGGAUCAAAGAGUUGGAGUAUCAAUUGCCACAUUGA